GGGCUAACUGUGCUCCGCCCUCUGCAGCCAGGGACACUGAGUGGGUUGGAGGUGUCUGCUGGGGAGGACAGAAUUCCUCGUAGCUGUGUGGCCCUGCUUCCUGCCCUAGAAUGGCUUGGGGCUUAUGACUGGGGAGUUGGAGUCGCAGCUGUAAGGUGGCAGUGCCUGCCCAUCCUCCAGAGGCGAAGACGAGGCCUCUCUGCUGCGGCCAUGGUGUCUGCGCCCACCCUUCCACUCGGGGGCUGGCCACAGGGUUCUGGGUCUCCCAUGGCACUGCACAUGUCCUGGUUGACCCAGGACCCCUUCCACCUUGACAGCCCUGGCUACACCUGCUUCAGUGCAAUUGCAGCCCUCAGCCUUUCCUCUCCAGAGGGCGCUGGCUCUGCUAGUGCGCUGGGGGUCUCCCCUGCUCCACGGGAGUGGCAUCUGCACUCACCCUGCAUUGCUUGUCCCCUGAGGUUCCAGGGUCUACUGUCUACUAAACGGCUUCCUGACAGGGUGAGAGUGAGGUUGCAUCUACAUGUGGAGCUGGUGCUUCCCCGCCCUCACCUAUUUUCGUGGAAGCCAGCUGCUUAGCUACCUGCAGGUGUCGUAGGCCCCACCCUAUUUCCCAGGCUUUAAAGGCAGCAGGACUCCACAGGCCUCCCGGGGCAUAGACAGCUCUGGUAUGACCGGCACACCCAGUGAGGGCCCCAGAGCUGCAGUGUGGGAGGUAGGGACCUGGGUUCAAAUCCUGCCCCUCUGGCGUGGGAUGGGCUCUUCUCAGAUUUUUGGCCUCUGUAUUCCCCGCCUGAGAAGUGGGGACCAGCCCAGUUUCCUUGCUCUAGAGCUGCACAGACAAUCAGCCGGCAGGGGAGCGGGGUGGGGUGGCUGCAACUCCAGACCACAGAUCCUGACCCGCCUUGCCCACGAUGACUGCCCACAUCCUCCUCCUGCUGUUGCUCCUCACUUUCUCUGCCCAAGGUGACCCGGACUCUGCGGCCAGGCGAGGCCAGCACCAGGACGCCCUCCAGCCCCGUGAGCACGUCUGGUCCCUGGGUGUACGCCGGACUCACCGCCUGCUGGAGAUCAUACACUGGAUUCGCUCUGCCUCCGCCAAGGAGCCCUCGGGAAAGUCCAGCCGCGAGCCUCAGGACCCCUACAGCUAUGGGCGCCGGCGGCGGUGACGCAAGGCAGAAGCCCGGACCAGCUCCCAGGACGUCA